GUACGAUAUAUAUGAAGGCACUAAAAGAUGGGACGCCAUGCAGGCACUGAGGGUGAGGCCAACAAACCGUUGCUCCUUCUGUACACCUUGUCCUUCUAAGAGCUCCAACACUCGCCACGAAGCCAACAAUGAAGAUCACGGCGGGGGUGGCUGUAGUGGCGGCGGUGGUGACGGCGGCGCUGGGCGUGGCGGAGGGGCAGGGGCCGCUGGUGGAGGUGAGCGGCGGGCUGCUGCGAGGCCAAACCACUACGAAGCACAACAUCACGUACCUCGAGUUCCUGAGCGUUCCCUUCGCCACGCCGCCCAUUGGCUCACUCAGAUUCAAGGACCCCCUCCCUGCCGAGCCGUGGGAAGGGGAGCUGGACGCCACCAAUAUGCCGCCACUUUGCGACCAAGCGACUGUGGUGGGCGAUGAGGACUGUCUCUACCUCAACAUCUACACCCCCGAGUACGCCCUUGAGACCCCCAGCCCACUGCCCAUCAUGGUGUUCAUUCACGGCGGCGGCUACUUCGCACUCGGCAGCGAUGUCUACCGAGGCUUUCAGGAGUUUGUGGCUCGCGACAUCAUCGUGGUGGUGAUCCAGUACCGCUUGGGCAUCUUCGGGUUCCUGUCAACGGAGGACGACGCAGCCACAGGUAACCAAGGCCUCAAGGACCAGACACUCGCCCUACAGUGGGUGCAGGACAACAUUGCUGCCUUCGGGGGGGACCCGGCGCGAGUCACCUUGUUCGGAGAGAGCGCAGGCUCUUCCUCAAUCAGUCUCCAGAUGUUGGUUCCGUCCGCCGCAGGGCUGUUCAGCGGCGCCAUCAUGGAGAGCGGCACGGCACUGAACCCCUGGGCGAUGGGCAGACAGUUCCUCGAAAUGGCCCAGGAAAUUGCCGAAAGGUUCGACUGUCCCACGCUGCCCACUGAUGAGCUCGUGACCUGCCUCCAGGGUGUAAGGGCUCACAUUCUCGACAGCUACUACUUGUCAACAAGCGAAUGGAACCUGCAGCCCUUCUACCUGGCGCCGCGUGUGGACGGGGAGUACCUGCCUGACGAGCCCGCCACACUGAUGCUGGAGGGCCGCUUUCACCACGUGCCCGUCAUCAUGGGAGUCAACAGGGACGAAAUGGGCAUGCAGACCGUUGAGAUGUUUGCCCGCCCCAACCUCAUCGACGACCUCGUCGGGAACUUCAGCGUCAAUGGGCCAGCGAGCCUUCACCUGCACCCCGACGAGGACCCCAUCAACACGACCCUUACCGUUUACAACCACUACCUAGGAGGUGUUGACAUCGUCAAGGAGAAUGUCGACAACAUGACUCUGAUGUACACAGAAGCCAUAUUCCAUGUUCACUUCGACUGGGCAGUACAGCUGCUGAGCAGCAGCAACGUGGUGUAUAAAUACGAGCUGCACCAUCGUGGGGAAUACAGUCUCGUUAAUGUCUUCCUGAAUGCUGGGCUGGACUUGCCAGAGGGAUACAACUACGUUUCACAUACUGAUGAGAUGCAGUACUACAUGUACCCAAGGUAUGCUAACCUGAACACAACCGAAGACCAGAUACUUGGACAACAUAUUCCCGCUCUGUGGGCCAACUUUGCUCAAACUGGGAACCCCACACCAGACGACUCCCUGGGAUUCACUUGGGAGAUGACAGAGCCAACAAUGUUGUCACACCUCAAGAUCCUGCCUGAGCCCUUCAUGGAGACUGACCAGCGGGCGGAGGCGCGAGCCUUCUGGGAGUCGCUGCCUCUCAGGAUCAACAACCUCCUUAACCAUUAAGGGAAUACAUUUUGCUGUCCUCUGAAACCUCAACUUGACUCAUGUAAUUCUGAAUGAUAAUUGGAGUCAAUUACUCAUCUUUAAUA